CGGUCGGACCCCUGCUGGAAACGUGGGACACGCUCAACGUGUACUGUGAGAUCUUCAAGCUCGACUCCUUCACCUUUGAUGAUUUCGUCGAAGCCAUGUGCGUCGCAUCCGAAGAGACGACCGUUCAACUAUUUGAAGAGAUCCACUGCUCCGUCCUCAAGAUGCUUGUGUCUUCCGAGGCCGAUGGUGGCAAAGGUCAACGUGCCGCUGCCUGAGGUGGAGGAUGAAGACGACGAAGACGAGGAAGACGAGGAAGAAGAGGCAAGGUCGCCCACCCCCGAAGCGGAGAGGCCGCCGGCACGCGCCACCCGGAGCAGCUUGGCCAAGGCCGAGGCCGAACGACUGGCUGCCGAGCUCAAGGCUGCCGAGGCUGAGGCAGCAGAACCAGAGGUCAAACACCGCGCCGAAGACCUCUUGGAGGAGUACGAGUGGAUCGAGCACCUGCGAAAGCGCGACUUCAAAGACGGCGGCUGGGAGAUGAUCAUGGUCGGCCUUUUGCACCAACUGUCCAAGGAACCGCGGUUGGAGAAGUCGUGUGAGGAGUUGCUUGAGCAGCUUGUCCCCCGAUCCGUGGACCCGACACAAGAAACGGUCCUUCAAGCCUAUGCGACCCUCGACGUCAAUUACCGGGUUCAGGCCCUGCAGAUCAUCUGCAUGCUCACGAUGCGCACAAAGGCCAUUCGCGCGUACAUGGAGGACUGCAGCGAGACGAUGACGGGUUACCGGAAGGAGAAAAUUGAAUGGCAGAGGCAGAGGAAACAAGCCGUCGAGGAGCUGAAGGUGCUGAACGACCAACGAAAGGCUCUUCUGCCCGAGGAGACGCCGCAGGACCCUGCCAAGGCGGAGGAGGAUGCAAAAGCUGCUACGACUGAUGUGGACUCUCCGGCCAAGGCUGGCACUCCCACCAAGGAGGGAGACGGCUCCGACUCGGAAGAAGACGCGCAGACGCGCAAGAACGGACGCCGACCGAAUGACCGCACCCUCGAGCGCCAGCGGAAACGCAAAGAAGAGAAAGAGCGGAAGGAGAAGGCUGCCGAAGCUGCCAAGGUGCCGAAGCAGUCGAAGCAGCUGAUCAAGAACACCAAGGACAUUCAAAAGAAGGAGGAGUUCAUCAAGAAGUGCGAGGACGAGGUUGCUAUUCUCGACAACGACCUUCGAGAAGCGGAUUGCCCGCGCACGCGUGUGUUGGGUCGCGAUCGAUUCUGGAACCGAUACUACUGGUUCGAGCGGAAUGGCAUGCCCUACGGUGGACUGCCCGACAGCUCGACGGCCUCGGCCGACUAUGCUAACGCGUGCAUAUGGGUGCAGGGACCGGAUGACCUCGAGCGCGAGGGCUACAUUGACCUCAGCAAGGAACAUCAGGACGAGUACAAGGCCAAGCACGACAUGACGGUGCCCGAGCGCAAGAAGAUGGAGGAAGGCGCGAUGAGCGUGUUCAAUGCCGGCCAAUGGGGCUACUACGACGACCCCGAGGCCGUCGACAACCUGAUCCGCUGGCUGGACCCACGCGGCUACAACGAGUUGAAGCUGCGCAAGGAGAUUCUCAGCUUCAAGGACAAAAUCGCCAAACACAUGGAGAACCGCAAAGAGUAUCUCGCACCCGCGGAGAAGGAGGAGGAUGAAUCCCAAGGAGCCGAAGCGCGGCGUGCCUCGGCGUGGGAGAACACGGUCGCCAUGGAGGAGCUGGGGCACUUGCACUCGGAGCCGCCCCCGCCGCCGCGGAACAAGAAGCAGGUAAAGAAAAGGCAGGCUGUCGAUCCCACGCCGGAACCGCCGUCGGCUCCCAAGACGAGGCGGAAGAAGUGA